GUCUGGACUCUGUGCUAUUCCUCAGCAGCAGAGAAAGAAAACCAGCACAACUCCAAAGUAAACUUUGAAGAGUCUGAAAAAGGAACUGAAUCUUAAAACUCUUACUGUGCCCUGUAAGGCCCUUGUGCGGGGGACUUCAAAGGAGGAUGAUGGUCAAGGAAGCUUUGGCAAGAGUGCUUACAGCUGUGGGCUAUUUAGGAUCCCAGUAAAUAGCUCUACAGCUCUUCAAGAGAGAGGAGUCCUGAACACUGUGCUGCUUUGAAGAGAUCACAGUUCUCAUCCAACAGGACACAUGGCUCUUUUAAAGAAAAUUAACCAGAUCUUACUGUUACUUCUUGUCUUAACUGUGUGUGCCAUUCUGUAUAAUAAAGUUCACCAAGUACCGUCUGCAUUAAAGAAUGAAACAGUUGAUUUGGAGAGUCCAGAGGAAAUGGAAGAAGAAAUUCCAGUUGUAAUCUGUGCUGCUGCAGGCAGAAUGGGUGCAGCUGUAGCAGCGAUCAGUAGCAUCUACAGCAACACAGAGGCUAAUGUUCUGUUCUACAUAGUUGGGCUGAAGACUACCAUCCCACAUAUUCGAAGAUGGAUUGAAAAUUCUAAACUGAAAGAGAUAAAAUUUAAGGUUGUGGAAUUCAAUCCUAUGGUACUAAAAGGAAAAAUCAGACAAGAUGCAUCACGCCCAGAGCUACUGCAGCCUCUGAACUUCGUUCGAUUUUACCUUCCUUUGCUUAUCCAGAAACAUGAGAAAGUAAUCUAUUUGGAUGAUGAUAUCAUUGUUCAAGGUGACAUCCAGGAACUGUACGACACCAAGCUGGCUCCUGGACAUGCUGCAGCUUUUUCAGACGACUGUGAUCUGCCUUCCACACAUGAAAUGGUUAGAAGUGUAGGGAUGCAGAACACGUACAUGGGAUUCCUGGACUACAGAAAGCAGGCGAUUAGAGAUCUAGGCAUCAGCCCCAGCACCUGCUCCUUUAAUCCUGGAGUAAUUGUUGCUAACAUGACCGAAUGGAAACAUCAACGGAUUACAAAGCAGUUGGAAAAGUGGAUGCAAAGAAAUGUAGAGGAAAACCUCUACAGCAGCACCCUUGGGGGAGGUGUGGCAACCUCUCCAAUGCUGAUUGUGUUUCAUGGAAAGUAUUCCACUAUUAAUCCUAUGUGGCACAUAAGGCAUCUUGGUUGGAGCCCUGAUGCUCAUUACUCAGAGCAUUUUCUUCAAGAAGCAAAAUUACUUCAUUGGAAUGGGAGAUACAAACCUUGGGACUAUCCCAGUGUUCACACUGAUCUCUGGGAAAACUGGUUUAUUCCUGACCCUUCAGGGAAGUUUAAAUUAAUUCGGCCUGACAGCUGA